AUGGCGACUGAUCCCGGAGAGCCCACGGCCACAGAGGACUCCUCUGAGAAACCUGAUGGAGAGACGGAAAGGGAGGCGGGGUCGGCGAGAGAGGGCGGGGCUGGCAGACAGGCGGGGUCUAUGCAAGAGGGCGGAGCCGGCCGACAGAGAGAGGAGGGGGUGGAGCCGAAGGGCGAUGCGGACGGAGAGGGGAAAGAAGGGGCGGAGCAAGACGGGGGAGCGGGCCGAGAAAGGGAGAGGACCCGCAGCACCCCGUACGACUUCCCUUCCUCCCGGACGGAGAAGAGGGGAGAGGGAGAGGAGACGGGCGAGGCGCAGGCCGUGGUGACGCCCGUCGGGCCGCUGUCCGUGUCCACGCCGUCCUCCCCCGCCGCCCAGGGCCACCGGCCCAGGAGGGAGAACAAGCGCUUCUUCCGCAAGAGCGUGGAGCUGUGCGAGGAGGAGGACGAGGUGGAGGAGCCGCAGGGGCCCAUGAGCGCCCCCGCCCCGGGCCUCAGGAGCUCCGACUCCGUGUUCGCCGUAGCCGGGCAGCAGGCGGCUGACGCCCCCGCCGCGGCCUCAGAGGGCAGCCCCGCCCAGGACGCUGGGAAGAGCGCCCCCGCGUCCUCCAGCCCCGCCCACAGAGGCAGGGAGCGGGACCGCGAGCAGGAGGAGGAGGCGGAGAUGAAGGCCGUGGCCACCUCCCCCGGCGGACGCUUCCUCAAGUUUGACAUCGAGCUGGGACGGGGAGCCUUCAAGACCGUCUACAAGGGCCUGGACACAGACACCUGGGUGGAGGUGGCCUGGUGCGAGCUGCAGGACCGCAAGUUGACCAAGGCGGAGCAGCAGCGGUUUAAGGAGGAGGCGGAGAUGCUGAAAGGCCUGCAGCACCCCAACAUAGUGCGCUUCUACGACUCCUGGGAGUCUGUCCUGAGGGGCAAGAAGUGCAUCGUCCUGGUGACCGAGCUCAUGACCUCCGGCACCCUCAAAACGUACCUGAAGCGCUUUAAAGUGAUGAAGCCCAAAGUGCUGCGCAGCUGGUGCAGGCAGAUCCUGAAGGGGCUGCACUUCCUGCACACGCGCGCCCCGCCCAUCGUGCACCGCGACCUCAAGUGCGACAACAUCUUCAUCACCGGCCCCACCGGCUCCGUGAAGAUCGGCGACCUGGGGCUGGCCACGCUCAUGCGGACGUCCUUCGCCAAGAGCGUCAUCGGCACCCCAGAGUUCAUGGCGCCGGAGAUGUACGAGGAGCACUAUGACGAGUCUGUGGACGUGUACGCCUUCGGGAUGUGCAUGCUGGAGAUGGCCACCUCUGAGUACCCGUACUCCGAGUGCCAGAACGCCGCGCAGAUCUACCGCAAAGUCACCAGCGGCAUCAAACCCGCCAGCUUUGACAAAGUUGCAGAUCCCGAGAUUAAAGAGAUCAUUGAGGGCUGCAUUCGACAGAACAAGAGCCAGAGGCUGUCCAUACGGGACCUGCUGACGCACGCCUUCUUCGGCGAGGACACGGGCGUGCGGGUGGAGCUGGCGGAGGAGGACACAGGCCUGCAGGACUGCCUGGCACUGCGCAUCUGGGUGGAGGACCCCAAGAAGCUGAAGGGGAAGCACAAGGACAACGAAGCCAUAGAGUUCAGCUACGACCUGGAGAACGACAGCGCUGAGGAGGUGGCUCUGGAGAUGGUGAAGUCUGGCUUCUUCCACGAGAGCGAUGCCAAAGUGGUGGGCAAGUCGAUCCGCGACAGGGUCACGCUCAUCAAGAGGUCCCGGGAGAGGCGGCAGCAGCAGCUGCACCAGUUUGGGCCCGAGGAAAGAAGGGACUUGUCCGCCCCGCCCUCCUACCCUUGCCCCCACCCCUCCUGUCCCUCCUCCCAGGGUCCCGGGGCCACGGCAGGACAGGGUGACGCUGAGGAGCUGCCAGAGGUGCAGCACGUCUACAGCGGCACAGCCCCUGGCCCCACAGAAGGCGAGAACGUUCCUUCAGUCACCUGCGAAUCUGCGGCCAGUGGGCCCAACCAAGUCUUCCCUCCGCAGGGGGAGUCUGGGCUGCACCAAGGACUAUCCUAUGCUCACGUUCAGUCCAGCUACCACGCCUCUACUUCUGGUGUGCAGAGCACAGGGGGUAUGCCCCUCCCACAGAUGCUCCCCCUUGGACAGAGUGGAGGGAUUUCCUCUGGCCAGAGUGGCGGGGCUCCAGCCAUGCCUAUUGGCCAGAGUGGCGGAGCUCCAGUCAUGCCUAUUGGCCAGAGUGGUGGGGCUGCAGUCAUGCCUAUUGGCCAGAGUGGCGGGGCUCCAGCCAUGCCUAUUGGCCAGAGUGGCGGAGCUCCAGUCAUGCCUAUUGGCCAGAGUGGCGGGGCUGCAGUCAUGCCUAUUGGCCAGAGUGGUGGGGCUGCAGUCAUACCUAUUGGCCAGAGCUUAACUCAACCGGUCAUUCUAGCACCACAGAUGUCCCCAGGGCCAGGGGUGCCUCAGCAGUAUCCACAGCCUUGUCAUUCAGAGGGAGAAACUGCCCUCUCCUUCCCUGCAGUUGCCCCUUCUCAGCAUUUCCUACCCCCAUUGUCACCCCAGGCCCCUAUCAGUGUCCACCACACUGCUCAAAUGUCUGUCGGAGACCCUGUGGAGGUGCCCUACCUGCCCCAGGGAGGGGUCGUGGGUGCUGCCCCUCUCCCACAGCAGGCUCAGGCCAGCAUCGCCCCCUUGCAACAACCGGAAACACAGCACAAUCCCGCAUUACUCCAACAAGCGCAGCCAAUUUUAAUCCAUCAGCAUGCGCAGGGGAUCCUGCCUCACCAGAUGGAGAACCAGCAAGCCGCCGCACUCCUGCAGCAGCCAGUGGAGCUGAUUCAUCCUCAGCCUGCGUCCGUGCAGCCGCAGCCGGACCAGCAGCCCCAGCCGCCACAAGCGGACCUGCAGCCUGCAGCUUCCGCGCAGCAGCAACCGCUGGAACCACUGGCAGGUUCACUGCCACAGCCAUAUGGAGGUUUACCACAGCAACAGCAACCCCUGCCACAGCAUUCACAGCCAGUCGAGCAAGUGUACAUACAGCAGGCAGAGCAGCAGCAGGCUUUGUUGCAGCAGCAGCAGGUGGAGCAACAGAAACAGGCUUUGUUACAACAACAGCAAAUAGAACAACAGGCCUUGAUGCAGCAACAACAGAUGGAACAGCAGCAACAAGCUUUGUUACAGCAGCAACAGAUGGAGCAGCAGCAACAAGCUUUGUUACAGCAACAGCAGCAGAUAGAACAACGACAGGCUUGGUUGCAGCAACAACAGUUGGAGAAACAGCGACAAGCUUUGUUGCAACAGCAACAGCUAGAACAACAUCAAGCUGUACUGCAGCAACAGCAGAUAGAGCAACAACAAGCUUUACUGCAGCAACAACAGGUGGAGCAACAGCAACAAGCUUUGUUGCAACAGCAACAGCUAGAACAACAUCAAGCUGUACUGCAGCAACAGCAGAUGGAACUACAGCAAAAGGUUUUAUUACAGCAACAACAGAUGGAGCAACAACAGGCCAUCUUACAACAAAAACAGUUCCAGGUGGAGCAACAGAUUUUAUUUCAACAGCAACAAACUGACCAACAGCAACAGCACCCAGUCCAAAAACAAGAUACAACAUCACUGCAGCAGUGCCAGCAACAGGCUUUGGUUCAGGAGCAACAGGUGGAUCAACAGCAGUCCUGUUUUUCACAGAAACAACAGCAGACGCUUUUGUUACAGCAGCCUCAGACCAUCAUUACACAGCAACAGCAAAUGGAGCAGUUGCAACAGCAGGCUCGAAUGCAGCAACAGGAAGCUUACCUCUCCCAGCCACACCAGAGGAGCUCUUUGGCCGAGUCUCAGUUCCCCAUCUUGGCUCCAGCCCCGAGUGAAGUUACACAGAUCACAGCUGCAGUUCAAACCCAAGCCCAGGUUCAGCCUCAAGUUCAGUCUCAAGCCCAAAUCCAGGGUCAGGUGCAGAUCCCAGCACAGCUCCCGACUCAGGCCUCAAGUCAAACUCUGACCAUGAACCAGUCCCAGGUCCAGCAGCCUCUGAUCCAAAGUCAAAUGCAGUUACUGACUCAGGGUCAGAAUCAGACGCUGCCACAAGUUCCACUACAAGUGCAGGCCCAUGCUCCACCUCAGCAGGGAAUGUCUCAAAUCCAAUCUCAAAUGGAGGCUCAGGCUCCAUCCCAGCAGGGCAUUUCUCAAGUCCCAGCUCAAAUGCAGGCCCAAGCCCCACCCCGACAGAGCAUAUCUCUCAAUCAACCUCAAAUGCAGGUCCAAGCUCCACCUCGGCAGAGCAUGUCUCUCAAUCAAGCUCAAAUGCAGGUCCAAGCUCCACCCCCACAGAGCAACCUGCUCAAUCAAGCUCAAAUGCAGCACCAAGCUCCAGCCCCACAGAGCAUGUCUCUCAAUCAACCUCAAAUGCAGGCCCAAGUUUCACCCCCGCAGAACAUGUCUCUCAAUCAAGCUCAAAUGCAGCCCCAAGCUCCACCCCCACAGAGCAUGUCUCUCAGUCAAGCUCAAAUGCAGGCUCAGGCUGUACCCCAGCAAAGCAUAGCUCAAAUGCAGACCCAGGCUGUACCUCAGCAGGUUGUGUCUCAAAUACAAACUCAAAUGCAGGCCCUGCCUCAGCAGAGAAUGUCUCAGAUCCAAACUCAAAUGCAGGCUCAGGUGCUGCCACAGCAGGGCAUGCCACAACUACAAACACAAGUGCAGAGCCAGGCCCCACCCCAACAGAGUAUGUCUCUAAUCCAACCACAAAUGCAGGCACAGAGUCUGACCCAACAGGUCACCCCACAAAUACAAAGUCAAAUGCAGGGUCAUGCUCCCCUCCAACAGGGCACACCUCAAAUACAAACUCAAAUGCAGUCCCAGGCUCCUCUACAGCAGGGCACACCUCAAAUACAAGCUCAAAUGCAAACACAGGCAGCCCUCCAGCAGGGCACACCUCAAAUACAAACUCAAAUGCACACCCAGGCUCCCCUCCAACAGAGCACACCUCAAAUGCAAACUCAAAUGCAGCCACAGGAAUCACUCCAACAGGGCACACCUCAAAUACAAACUCAAAUGCAGACACAGGCACCCCUCCAACAGGUCACAUCUCAAAUGCAAACUCAAAUGCAGACCCAGGCAAGUAUCCAAUCUCAGACUCAGUCUCAAAGUUUGCCCUCAACUCAGACACUUGCUCAGAUUCAGGCAACAAACCAAAUGCCACUGCCAAGUCAAACACAAACUCAGAUCCAGCCCCAAUGCCAGCUGUCCUUGCAAGGCCAAAUCCAAAUGCAGCCCCAAUGCCAAGUACCCCAGGGCCAGGUGUUUCCUCAGCAGAGCCAGUCUCAGUUCCAGGCUCAACCCACAGCCGCCCCCCAUGGUCAGACCCACUCCCAGCCCGAUGUUCAAAUACCAGCAAAGGCCCAGCCUCACAUACAGCCCCAGGCUUCAGCCGGCCUACAACCCUCACAGUACACCUCCUCCUCCCUGCCCACCCAGCAGCUCCUGCAGUCAGUCCAGCAGCCGCCAGACCUCAGCCAGACCGUGCAGCAGCAGACACUGUUGCAAUAUCAGCAGACGAUGCCGCCUCAGCAAACCCAAGUGACCGCUGCUGCCGCCAGCAUUGGCCCCGCUUCCCUGCCUUCCACCCCUCAGCACCUCCCACAGACAGGACAGACACAAAUGCAGGUGCAUGCCACAACUCUGCCGCAGGCUCAGCCUAUAGGCGCAAUGGUUCAGCCUGGCAUGCAGGUUGCGGAGCCACCACCACAGCAGUAUGAGCAACAGCUGCACCAGACUACAUCUCUGCAACCGCAGCAGCAUCAAACUGCUCCACUGCCGCUUCAAGCUCCAGUUUCGCCCGAUCACAGCCAACUGCCCAAAGCAAGUCUGCAACAGCUGCCCCACCAGACCACCCAGACGGCCGGCCAGAUAACCCAAGCCCAAUCCAAAAUCCCUGCUCCCCUCUACAGCCAAGUAGUGGCAGGCCCCCCUCCUUCCCUGCAGCACCAACAGCAGCAGACCCUCCCCGCGCCAACACACAUGGAGAUCAGCAUGCAGAUGCAGACACAUGCGGAGGUAGCGGGAAGAUCUGACCAGCUGUUGUCCCCACCUGCUGCCUUCCAGCAGCCCCUCAGCCCCUCUCAUACCUCACCUCACCCCUCCUCCUCCUCUUCACUGCCCCUCCCUCUGGAGACGCAACUGCCCCACCCUGCAGCAGCCGGCGCCGUUGUGCCUACCUCCCCUCCUCCUGUCACCACCUUGCAGUCCCUUGGCUCUAACUGCCCCUCGCUGCCCUCGACCUCGCUGCCAGAUUGUGACCCCGCCUUGCUGGGCGCCACUAAGGAGACGCAGGGCCCUUCCAGCACUGACAAACAGUCUUCAUCCAGGUCUGUUCCAGCCAAUGGAGAGGAAUUACACCUCCUCCUAGCCAAUGGAGAGGAAUCACAGCUGCUCUUAGCCAAUGGCAAGAUGAAAUCCCAGAGGAGACCCUCCUUUCAGAGGACUGAGAAAAACACACACUUUCAAUUGAGCAUGCUCCAGGUGUCCAGCAGUGGGGACAACAUGGUGGAAUGCCAGCUGGAGACCCACAGUAACAAGAUGGUCACCUUCAAGUUUGACCCCGAGGGUGACACUCCCGAAGACAUCGCAGAUUACAUGGUGGAGGAGGAUUUUGUCCUGGAGUCAGAGAAAGAGAAUUUUGUGGAGGACCUGCGGGCGAUUGUCAAGAGAGCCCUGGAAAUCCUUCACACCCAGCCACAGACCGGAUCCAUGGAGCAGCUGCAUGUGAGCACUCCUGCAGCCCCCGGCAUGGACUCAGUGCCCCAGUCCUCCCCUGUGGGACGCUGGCGCUUCUUCAUCAACCAGACGAUUCGGCAUCGAGACUCCCUCUCUGCUCAGGGGGCCUCCACACCACCCUCUGCUGGAGAAAACAUUACAUUGCAGUCUGCAGGCAAGGAUCCUCAGAGAGACAUUGAUGGAUCACAACGGUCGGGGUCCUUCAGUGGAAUCAGUGCCUCCGCUUCUGCAACGCUCCCAGCCCUGGCUGCCCCUGCCUCCACUGUUUCUGCCCCUGCCUCCAUGUCUGCCCCAGCAACCCCUGCCCCUGCAGUGGUGUCUGAAACUAUAUCUGCCCCAUCCUCUUCUCUAUCCAGUGCUGUUUGCUCUGCCCCACCUGCUUCCCCAGCCCACACCUCUCCUCCUAUAUCCUCUGUUCCCACCCAUGACUCAAGCACCGGGCCCACCAGCCUCGUGCACCCCACUGUCCCUGUUCCUACAGCUGCCGGUACCUCGCUCCCUGUCCCCCUCCCUGUCUCCUCCGCCGUGGCCCUAGGUCCCACAGACACGCCCCUCCGAGGGGGGUCCUUGUCUGAGAGAGACUGGCGGCAGCCUCCUUCCUCCUCUCCCAUUCACGCACCCUUCGCUACCCCUCAGCCCCUGAGCAUGAGCGAUCAGGACCGGUUACAGCUGGCGGAGACGCAAGAUUACCCACAACACCUUGCACUUCAGCAACAAGCAGAGGUACAACAGAGACAUCAGCAGCCUCAGAUACCAGCACAGUCCUUACCACAGCAACCUCCACAGCUGCAACAAGUUCAGCCACAACCACUAUCCUUACCGCAGUCAGUACAGCCUCUCCCCAUUCAACAGCCAUACCUACAGCAGUCAGCACCGCCUCAGCAAGUACAACAACAGGCCUUACAACUGCAGUCAGGACAGUGUCAGCAAGUACAACCACAACAAGCAUUGUUACAACAGUCAGUACAGUCUCAACAAAUACAACCACAGCAACCUUCCUUACAACCGCAGUCAGUACAGUUACAACAAACAUCCACACAGCAACAACCAGGACAACUUCAACAAGUACAUCUACAACAAACAUCCUUACAGGAAAAGUCAGUUCAGCUUCAACAAGUACAACCACAACAAACAUCCUUACAGCAGCAACCUGGACUGUCUCAACAAGUACAACAACAAACAUCCUUACAGCAGCAACAGGGGCAGUCUCAGCAAAUCCAAACUCAACAAACAUUGUUACAACAGUCAGUACAGUCUCAACAAGUACAACCACAACAAAGAUCCUUACAGCAACAACCUGGACAGUCUCAACAAGUACAACAGCAACAAACAUCCUUACAGCAACAACCAGGACAGUCCCAGCAAAUACAACCACAACAAACAUUGUUACAACAGUCAGUACAGUCUCAACAAGUACAACCGCAACAAACAUCCUUACAGCAACAAUCUGGACAGUCUCAACAAGUACAACAGCAACAAACUUCCUUACAGCAACAACCAGGACAGUCUCAGCAAAUGCAACCUCAACAAACAUUGUUACAACAGUCAGUACAGUCUCAACAAGUACAACCACAACAAACAUCCUUACAGCAACAAUCGGGACAGUCUCAGCAAAUACAACUACAACAAGUGUUGCAACCACCAUCAGUACAGUCUCAACAUAUACAACAAAAAUACAUAGAACAACAGUCAUUACAAGCUCAACAAAUACAACAGCCAUCCCUACAGCAACAGUCAUUACAACCUCAACAAAUACAACAACCAUCCCUACAGCAACAGUCAUUACAACCUCAACAAAUACAACAACCAUCCCUACAGCAACAGUCGGUACUGACUCCGCAAAUACAACAACCAUUCCUACAGCAAGAGUCAGUACAGGUUCAACCAAUGACUCAACAGCCAUUCUUACAACAACAGCCUCUACAACAACAGUCAGUGCAGCUUCAGCAUAUACAGCAACCAUCACCACAUCAGCAGCCAGUACAAGAGUCUCAGCCAAUACAACAACAACCAUUCAUACAACAACAGUCAAUACAGGCUCAACAAAUACAACAGCCUUCAUCCUUGAAACAGCAGUUACCCGUGGAGCAAAACCAACAGGAAAUACAACUGUCACUACAUAAGCUCUACCAAGAGCAGUUGCAGCAGCAGCAUCUCCAACAACAGCAGACUUUACACCAGUCACUUCAACCACUGCAGAUGGAGCAGUUACAACAGCAGCAGGCAGAAGCGCAGGAGCAGUUACACAGAGAGCAAAUCCAGCACAGUCAGAGUCAGCAGUUACAACAGCUGGGACAGCAGCAAAAUCAGGAACUGCAGCAGCAGCUACAGGCAGUUCAGCAACAAACAGCUCAUAUGCAACAACAGCAGUCAGUGCAACAGGACAUACUUCAACAGGUGCACCAACAACCACUGCUGCAGCAAUACACACAAGAAUCUGCACAGCCGCCGAACGCGAUGUACCAACAGCAAGCAGUGCAACAACUUGACCGACAACAGCAGUCAGUACAGCCUCUACAAAUACAACAGUCAGUACAACAACCUCUUCCUAUACAACAGCCACAGCCUUUACCACAACAAUCAGUACAAUUGCAACAGUCGGUCCAGCAUCAGCCGACUCAUCAGCUUCCCCUAGACCACCCGCAGCAACAGGUCUUCCAUCAGGUUUCCUCACAGCAGCAGGUGCCGCAGUCUGAGUUGCCACGGCAACAGGUGCCGCAGCAACGCGCCCUGCACCAGCAGCCAUUACAGCCGAUGCUGCAGCAGUAUUCUGAGUCAGAGCUCUCUGCAGGAGAGGCCGGUGUCACAGGAGAGGAUACCCCCAGUCUCCCUGCCCCUGCCCUCCCGUCCUCCGACACCGCGCUGCCCCCCCUUCCCCUCUGCGCCUCUGAGACCCCCCUGCCCCCCCUUUCCCAUACUCUCAGCCCCUCCCCAGCCCAGCCUUCUUCUGUGGCAGAGUCUGACAGUGAGGGGCCCCCCAAAAUCGAAUACGUUGACAACCGCAUCAAAACACUGGACGAGAAGCUGAGGAAUUUGCUGUACCAGGAGUACAGCGGCACGGGGGCACCUGCAGGGGGCGCCACAGCGGCGUCCGCUGUCCUUCCCGCCUCGGUGUCCACCGCCGCAGACACACACCCGUCACGGCCCCCCCUCCACCCCCUCACCUCCACCUCCGACACCUCCCCGCACUCCUCUUCCUCCACCACCUCCUCAUCCACCUCCCGCUCCUCCUCCACCUCCGAAGCCGACAGAGAAGCGGUGGUGGAAGCGGGCCCAUCGAGUGUGUUUCCCUCAACCCCCGGGGUAGCGUCUGGGGUGCCGGAGCCUGCCCUGCCCCCCUCCUCUGCCCCCCCAUCACAGUCGCUCCCUCAGACCCCACACAGAGACGCAGCCACACACCAAACUCCACCCGCCGAACCCCCAGUCUGUGCUGCCCCCCCUCUUUCCGAAGCCAGCACCCCAGGAGACCCAGCGUGGCCCCUCUCCGGUCAGCCCCAGCUCCCCCUCCGGCCUGGACAGCAGCAGCUCAAUGCAGGAGAGGCCAACAGCAGCCAGACUGUGAAGGAGGAGGGCGAGCAGCCGGCCCACCCCCAGGGUCUCUCUCGCAUGGGGCGGUUUCAGGUAACCCCAGUGGCCCUUCCUGCUGAGCGGGGCCCCCAGCAGGCCGCUGCGCGCAGGAAAGUGGGGCGCUUCUCCGUGAGCCACACACAGGCGCAGGCCGACGACAGGCAGACCGACAGCUCGCCCGUGUCCCCGGACCUGGAGGGAGGGAGGAAGAAGAGCAGGGGGAAGGACGGGGAGAAGGAGGAGCGGAAGAGGGCGCCAGCACCCCCCCUCCUGCCCCGAGUGUCCUCCCCCUCUCCCCACGGCAGCAGCGACGACGAUGAUGAUGAAAGUGAGAUGGAGGACGAAGAGCUCAGGAGAGAACUGCACCGAUUGAGAGAGAAGCACAUCAGAGAGGUCGUGUCUCUCCAGGCCCAGCAGAACAGAGAGCUCCAGGACCUCUACAGCCAGCUGCGCUCCCUCAAAGACCAGAACCCUCCCCUGCCCCUCCCCCUGCCGCGCACCCCACCCAUCCUGCCCCCGGCGGGCCCUGCCCUCUCCCCCCGCAGGCCCAGACCGGGCAAAAGCAAGUCACGACCUCGACCCCACUCCCACCUGGACAACAACGGAGUCGCACACCCAGCAGGAGUCCAGCAGUCGAGCAGCCUCUCGGGGGGAGAGGAGAGCAGGCUGCCCCCUCACGCGGCCCAGGGGAACCCCGCGGCAGCGGUGACCGAGAGCGGCCCCGGCCCCCUGUCCCAAGGUCCAGCCAGUAGGAAGAGCACAUUUACGGACGAGCUGCACAAACUGGUGGACGAUUGGACAAAAGAGACUGUGGGUCCCACCCCCCCUAAGCCCUCGCUCAACCAGAUUAAGCAAAAUCAGCAGGUGCAGGAGCUGGGAGGGUGGGGCCAGGCUGCAGAGAACGCUCCCGCUUGGUUUGCACCUGUCCCCCUGAACCUCCCAGCAGCCCCUGCUUCCGCGGGCCUCUCUGUCGUCUCCCCAACUCAGUUCAUGAGCGGAGGGGGGGCGGCGCAGUGGGCCGCGGGGGCCGCAGACGCGCAGCAGCAGAAAAGCCACACGCCUCCACCCCCCCACACGGUGCAGCAGCGCUUCCACCUGCAGCAGAGCCAGCCCCACCCGCCCCCCGCCUCGACCCCCGCCCCCGCCCCUGCCCCCGCCCCCGCCCCCGCCCCCGACGGCAGUGCGGCCGCUGGAGCCUACUGCUCCUGCUCCUGCUCUUCCUCCUCCUGCUCGUCUUCCUCGUCCUGCUCCCCGUCGGUUCUGCCCCCCAGUGCCAAACUACACCCGACGCCCCCGCCCUCCACCCUCCCCCUGGGACAGCAGUAAGAGGGGAGGAAACGGGGGGAGGGAAGUGGGGGUGGAAGUAAGACAAGAGUGUGUGUGUGUGUGAGAGAGAGAGAGAGAGAGAGAGAGAGAGAGAGAGAGGAGGGGGUAGAGCAAGGAGAGACAGGAGAAAGAUAAACAGCGCAUGUGCAGCACAAAAGAGUCACGUGCUGGGUGUGUGUGUGUGCCUGUGUGUGUGCGUGCGUGUUUAUUACAUAUUCUCUGUGUGCUUUGGAAUUAAGUGUCAAGUUUUAUUUUAAUUUAAACUUUUUUCUUUUUUUUUCCAAAAAGUAUACAACUCACUUGAGCCUGAACUCUUUCUAACUAGAGACAUGAAGGAACAGACAUUUCUACUAGUAUAUACUAUUAUUUUUAAAAUAUAUGUCUAUGAUUAUAUUGACUAAGGACUACAUAAAUAAAAAGUGCAAUUAGUAACUGUUCUUUAACAUCCUGUGCUGUCUUGAUUUAAGUCUAAUGUGAAUGAAACAAAUUUCUGCUGAUAGAUAUACGGAGACAGCAACCAGACAUCGGUAAUGAAUAUAGCACAAGAGUCUCCAUAGCAACAACAGGACAUAAAGCAUUUACAAUAGCACAUCACAGCACAGGCCACAUUGCCUAGCAACCAUCACUAGAUGCAGAAUCACAAAGAACACUGUCAUACUUAAAGCGCAGCGCAUGGACAUAGCAUGUUUAUCAUGGUGUUAUUUUGUACAUUGACACAUAGACUGGUACUUUUACACCCAUCAGUUUCUAACAUGUCAGUUUAAAUAGUGUUGUAACCACAAAGUUAUUCCAACCCUUUAUUUGAACACAGAUAGAACCCACACUAAAUGUAACAUACUUAUCUGUAGUGUUUUCUUGUGCUCAUUUGGCAGGAUAUUUUUAUUGAUGUUUACUGAACAGGUGCUCAUCCAAGUACCAGAAAAUAGUGUGGCCCAAGGGGUCUUUUUCUUUCAUUUGAAACACUGUCCUGCAAGUGUCGACAUAGAGGCUGGUUUUGGGCAUUGGCACCUGCUGUGUUCCACACACCUGUCUACGUCUGCAAGUCAAGGGUGAAAUCUGGAAUAAUUUGAGAUUGGGAUUGAAAUGCACACUUAUCCAUAUGAAGGAAAUGUAACUUCAUCACACCCAUAAGCACAUUGAUGCACAUGUAAAAGCGCUUUGCCCAUACCUCCAUUCAUUUCCAUCAUUCCAGCAAAUCAAACAAUGUCUAGUAAAUAUGUAAAUAGAAUGGGGGGGAAAUGAUUUGGCACAUUUUGUUUUAAAAAAUGAAAGUGUUGUCUCAGUUAAGAAAAAAAGCAACUGUUGUUGGUUGUCCCUAUAUUGCCUUUUUCAGAUAUUACAUUUGUGGCAUAAUCUUUCUGUGACAAAGAAUUGUAGUACUACAACACUACAUCACAUAAAACUACAUUAGUCAUUAUCACAUUACCCAUGUUCUUUGACAGAAACCAAUCUCACCUUAACAGUGUUGUAGUACUCUGCACUGUAACAUCAUUGUUUACUGUCCUGCUGUGUGACUAGCUGCCUAUUCUAAUGAAAGAUUUUUUGAGGGAGCUAGAAAGUGUAUGAAAGACAGAGUGCACGAAAUAAAGUGUGAGUGUAACGCAGAGAUUUUUUUUUUUUUUUAUUUAGAAAAUGGGAGUAAUGCAGAGAAGAUGUAUUAAAGAUAUUCAAUUUGUGUUAACACUUGAACUUACAGUGAUUGCAAAGUAAACCUUUAGAAAAGGCACAUCAGCUAUUAAACUCUGAAUAAUAUCCUUGAAAUAUUGCAUUCUUCAGGCCACUUUUCACACUGCGGUGUUAGUUCACCAGCUGACUCCUCAACCAUAUCUCACAGGUUUGGAGUUUCAAACAGAAAUUUACAGCCCAACCUAUUCUGAAGUGUUACCAAAAUGUAAUCUAAAACAAAUAUAUAUAUAUACAUUAUUUUUGUAUUUAGAAAUGGGAUUGUAAAAAAUGUAUAAAAGAAAAAAAAGUGUAAUGAUCAGUAUUAACAAGCUCUGGUGAUGUGAGAUGCUGGUCUCAACCAUCAGCUUUGCCCUCUUGGAGUUCCCCCGCUUCACCCCAGGGUUAUUUCCCAUUUUAGGCCCCCCUCUGACCCUUUCAACUAUAUGUUUGGCCUUGUUUAUAUUUUGAAACCAUUGACAGAUGUCAGAUGUUUCAAUUUGCUUCCGUUAACUUGGAAUAUUAAGCAAUUUAAGCACUUAAAAAGUCUACACUAAAAUGUCUUGACAUGAUCUAAUCUAGGUGUUCCUGGGACAGAAAAUAAAGCCAAGGGGACUCCAAAAUUUAACACUGAGAAAAUAAAUAUUAAAACUUACUGCUGAUGAUUAUGCCACUGUAAAUUUUUAAUUCAAUUGUUGAUUUUAUUUAUGUUUUGUAACUAACCAAAAUAAAUGAUGGUGUAAAACAUCAAACUCAACAAAAAAUAAAAAUGUGAAAUUUAA